GGAAAAGGCGGGACCUAAGGAGCACGUUACGUCCGGACGCGUAGGUGGUGGGGCUGGAUCUUCGAACCUGAAAUCCGGAGCUUCGUACUCGUGUUCGCUGUUGAGGAGCUCCCCACGGGGUUGUAGAGUUUGGACCUCAUGGCAGAGAUAAUUCAGGAGCGCAUAGAAGAUCGGCUCCCGGAAUUGGAACAGCUGGAGCGCAUUGGACUGUUCAGUCAUGCGGAGAUUAAGGCUAUCAUUAAGAAGGCUUCUGAUCUAGAGUACAAAAUCCAGAGAAGAACCCUUUUCAAGGAAGACUUUAUCAAUUAUGUUCAAUAUGAAAUUAAUCUUUUGGAGCUGAUCCAGAGAAGAAGAACACGCAUUGGAUAUUCAUUUAAGAAGGAUGAGAUUGAGAAUUCUAUUGUACACCGGGUACAAGGUGUUUUCCAGCGUGCCUCAGCAAAAUGGAAAGAUGAUGUUCAACUUUGGCUCUCCUAUGUGGUUUUUUGUAAGAAGUGGGCUGCUAAAACUCAACUUAGCAAGGUAUUCUCUGCCAUGUUGGCGAUUCAUUCCAACAAGCCAGCUUUGUGGAUUAUGGCAGCCAAAUGGGAAAUGGAAGAUCGAUUGUCUUCAGAAAGCGCAAGGCAACUCUUUCUUCGGGCACUGCGCUUUCAUCCAGAGUGUGCAAAACUUUAUAAAGAAUACUUUAGGAUGGAGCUGAUGCAUGCGGAAAAACUGAGGAAAGAGAAGGAAGAAUUUGAAAAAGCCAGUAUGGAUGUGGAGCAUCCUGAUUAUUCUGAAGAAAUCCUUAAGGGUGAGUUGGCACGGAUCAUCUACAAAAAUUCUGUAAGCAUAAUUAAAGGUGCAGAAUUUCACGUGUCACUGCUUUCAAUUGCACAGCUAUUUGACUUUGCCAAAGAGCUACAAAAAGAGAUUUAUGAUGACCUUCAGACUCUACACACAGAUGAUCCUCUCACUUGGGAUUAUGUGGCAAGGCGAGAAUUAGAGAUCGAGUCACAGACAGGAGAAGAGCAGCCCACAACGAAACAAGCCAAAGCAGUGGAGGUUGGCCGGAAGGAGGAGAGAUGCUGUGCUGUAUAUGAAGAGGCAGUGAAGACUCUGCCAACAGAGGCCAUGUGGAAGUGUUACAUCACCUUUUGCUUGGAAAGAUUUACUAAGAAGUCAAAUAGUGGGUUCCUUAGAGGGAAGAGGUUGGAAAGAACCAUGACUUCAUUCAGGAAGGCACAUGAACUGAAGCUUCUGUCAGAAUGCCAAUACAAGCAGUUGAUUGUUUCGUUGCUGUGUCAUAAAUUCCUGAGGGAAGCUCUGGAAGUGGCAGUAGCUGGAACUGAAUUGUUUAGAGACUCUGGGACAAUGUGGCAGCUGAAGCUGCGGGUGCUGAUCGAGUCAAAGAGUCCUGACACAGCCAUGCUUUUUGAAGAAGCCUUUGUGCACCUGAAACCCCAGGUUUGUCUGCCAUUGUGGAUUUCCUGGGCAGAGUGGAGUGAAGGUGCCAAAAGCCAAGAAGACACUGAGGCAGUCUUUAAGAAAGCUCUCUUAGCUGUCAUAGGUGCCGACUCAGUAACCCUGAAGAAUAAGUACCUGGAUUGGGCUUAUCGAAGUGGUGGCUACAGAAAGGCCAGAGCUGUGUUUAAAAGUUUACAGGAGAGCCGUCCAUUUUCAGUUGACUUUUUCAGGAAAAUGAUUCAGUUUGAAAAGGAGCAAGAAUCCUGCAAUAUGGCGAACAUAAGAGAAUAUUAUGAGAGGGCUUUGAGAGAAUUUGGAUCCACAGAUUCUGAUCUUUGGAUGGAUUAUAUGAAAGAAGAAUUGAACCACGCCCUUGGUAGACCUGAGAACUGUGGACAGAUCUACUGGCGAGCGAUGAAAAUGUUGCAGGGAGAGUCAGCAGAGGCAUUUGUAGCUAAACAUGCUAUGCAUCAGACUGGCCAUUUGUGAAGAGGAAGAAUACAGCCUGCUUUGUGAAACAGUAUUGCAAGCAAGCCCUGUGGGCAAAUUUGUAUUAUGAGUCCAUCUGUAAUUUGCUCAGUGAUGGCAGACAAGAUGGCUGUCUGGUUUUGAGACACACUUUAUUUUAUGUUAACUUGUUAAUCUUUUUUAAAAAUUAAAAAUUUUUUAUGAUUGAGACAGGAUCUUGCUCUGUUGCCCUGGCUGGUCUUGACUUCCUGGACUCAAGUGACCUUCUCACCUCAGACUCCUGAGUAGCUGGAAUUAUAGGUGUAUGACACCGUGCUCAGCUUGAUGUGCUAAUAUCUGAUUCUGGGAAAGAGAACUGCUGAUUUAAUGUUGAGGCCCGAUCUACCACAGGUCCUAAAUGUUCCCCAAAAUAUAUGGAAAGCAUACGACUGUGUGUUUUUUUUUUUUUAUUAUCUGGGGUCAAGCACUAGUAUCUCUAAUCUCGAUUUAAGAGCCAGUUAAAAUGAAGGAGAAAGUGGCCGGGUGUGGUGGCUCACACCUGUAAUCCCAGCACUUUGGGAAGGCUGAGGCAGGCAAAUCAUCUGAGGUCAGGAGUUUGAGACCAGCCUGGCCAACGUGGUGAAACACCAUCUGUACAGAAAAUACAAAAAAUAGCCGGGCGUGGUGUUGGGCGCCUGUAAUCCCAGCUACUUGGGAGGCUGAGGCAGGAGAAUCGCUUGAACCUGGGAGGCGGAGGUUGCAGUGAUCCGAGAUCAUGCCAUUGCACUCCAGCCUGGGCAAGAAGAGCAAACUCCUUCUCGAGAAAAAAAAGGAGAAGGUACAGUUUUGUUAGUUUAUUCUCAUUAUAAAAGAUAAGUGGUAUGCAUUUGUUCUGGAAAAUAUGGAGGAAAUAGAAUAGUGUGGCAAAAAAAAUCAAAGCAUCCUGUAAUCUAGAGUUAAACUCAGUAAUUGGAUUUCCUUUAUCAGAAUUGGAUUUAUACUCUUAGAUUAUUUAUCCAUUCAUUCAAGAAAUAUUUGAGUGCCCAUUAUGUGCAGGAAAGAAGGGAGGCCUUUGGGGAUAGAAGUGGGGGUUGCAGAAACAGCUGAAUGUCCUAAGAAAGUUGAUUGGAUCAGCAGCAAAGGAAUUGCUGGAUGUUGGGAAAAUUUGUCCUUCAAGAAGGUGAAAACCAUAAAAAAGUGUCUUCUGUCUUCUGGAACUGAUGAUCAGAGAAGUGUUUGCAAUUGAGGUGAUCCACCAACAAAAGAAGGGAAGGGGUAGGGAAUAGAUUGAAGUGCAGAGAAGCCUUAGCGGUGAGGAGUGGAAGGCAGGCUUGGAGCAAAAAAAUAAAAACAUUCCAGGAGCAGGAUGUAACUGUUUGAAUUGUAUCCUGUAGCUUAAUACCAUGUCACUGGGAGAAGCUUUCAGUGUGGCUUAUUGUUAGUUUCGCUUAGUAUUGUUUUUCUGUGUCAUUAAAUAGCCUUAAAAACA